AUGGACGCCAUUCAAGAACAGUUCACCCUUCUCUCCUUGGGUCUUUUCACCAUUGGAGUGAGAAUGGUGGUUAGGACGCGACAAGUUGGGUUUUCAGGAUGGCAGCUGGACGAUUACCUGAUGCCAAUUACUGGUAUCAUAUUCACUGCCGAGACAGUAGCAGCAUACCUCGUCGGAGCCAAGUUCCAAGGUCUUACCAACAGUUACAUGACAGAAGAAGAACGCGCCAACAUCGACAUGGACGGAGAGGAACACUACAAUCGUGUCUGGGGAUCCAAGAUCCAAGUCAGCCCUGAUCCAGGUCUUCUUUGCCAACCGACAAAGUCGCCGGCAUAUGUUUUGAUCGUUGUUAUUCCCAACAUCUUGACUGACAUUUACCUGUUGUCCAUUCCUUUGCCUCUUCUUUGGGGUGUCAACAUUAGUUUGCGACGCAGACUUACACUCAUGCUAUUGUUUAGCGGUGCUCUUUUUAUCAUGAUGGCUGGUACAAUUCGAGCCGUUACCAUUCUUACCGCCGGCCCGAAUGGCGCAGUCGCUGGUAGCUCAUGGGCAUGUCGCGAAACCUUUGUCGCAAUCAUCGUCACAAACCUCCCCAUCAUCCAACCUCUCCUCCGAAAAGGAGCCAGCCUCAUCGGUCUCAGCGUCCUAUUCAGCAAAGCGACAAAGUCUGCAGCAUCCCAAAGUCAUCAACUCCGAAGCAACGAAGGCGGAAGCCGGUUCAAAAACAGUCGCGUCAGAAGGACCGAUAAAUCCGAGACGGGACAUCCUCUGUCUUCAAUGCCUCAAACAACAGCCUGGGCAAGCGAUGAGCAAAUCCUUCCACCUCCCGGAACAAGCGGCGGCAAUAAUAGCAAGGGGAUCGUCGUGGCGCAAGAGAUCAGCGUUCAGUCGGAAGCUUUUGACGAUUCAAAUUUGCGCGAUGUAACCAACAAGGAUCCAGCGGUUCAUGACUGGGGGUACGAUAGUAGCAGCAACAGCAGUAACAACAACCACCACAGGGCACGGACACCAUAA